CGGGCGCCAGGGCGGGGACCGGGGGCUUGGGGGGCUCGGGGGCCGGCUGAGGCUCGCUCUCCGCCCGCUGCAGAAAUGUGGCUCAACCCGGAGGAAGUUUUGGUGAAAAAUGCGCUGAAGCUGUGGGUGACCGAGAAGAGCAACGACUUCUUCCUGCUGCAGAGGAGGAGGGGGCACGGCGAGCAGGGGGGCAAGAUCUCAGGUCUCCUGGUGGGGGCGCUAGACACCGUGCUGGACUCCAGUGCCAGGGUGACGCCCUUCCGCAUCCUGCUGCAGGUUCCUGGCUCGCAGAUCAGCUGGGUCAUCGCCAGCGGGGCUGCCAUAGAAGAAGUGAACAAGCACUGGGACUGGCUGGUGCACAACCUGCUGCACUCGCUGUCUGUGUUCGAGAACAAGGAGGACGUCGCCAGCUUCGUCAAAGGCAAAGUCAAGGGUCUCAUCGCGGAGGAGGCUCGGGGUCGCCAGGCGGCGCAGGAGGACGAGCCGGACAAGUUCAGGGAGGUGCUGCUGAAGUUCGAGCUGCACUUCGGCCUGCCGUCGUCGGAGAAGCUGGUGACUCACUACUCGUGCUGCUGCUGGAAGGGCCGCGUGCCUCGGCAGGGCUUCCUCUACCUCAGCAUCAACCACCUGGCCUUCUACUCCUUCCUGCUGGGGAAGGAAGUGAAGUUCGUGGUGCCCUGGGCGGAGGUGACCAGGCUGGAGCGGGUCUCCAGCCCUCUGAUGACGGAGUCGAUCCGGGUGAGCACGCGGCAGCGGCAGAGGGACUUCUCCAUGUUCCUGAACCUGGACGAGGCGUUCGGGGUCAUCGGUCAGCUGGCUGACAUCGCGCUCAGGAGGCUGCUGGACAGCGAGGGGCUGGAGCUGGACCGGGUCCUGCAGCAGCCCACACGCAUCACCAAGAGGGUCCUGGAGGAGCAGGCGCUCAGGGAGUACGUCCUGGCUCUGUUCCGGCUCCCUCGUGCCGAGCGGCUGUACGAGGUGGCGUCGUGCUCGGUGUGGACGCCGCACGCCCGCUGCCACACGGCCGGGACGCUGUACGCCACCGACAGCUACCUGUGCUUCAGCAGCCGGGAGGAGGGCCACUGCACGCUGCUCAUCCCCCUGUCCGAGGUUCUGUCGAUAGAGAAGGCGGAGAGCACCAGCCUCCUUCCCAACCCGGUGAUCGUGAGUGUCCGCAGCAAGAAAGCCUUCCAGCUGAUCGAGCUGCAGGAGCGCGACGAGCUGGUGGACGGGCUGAACGCCAGGCUGCGGGCGCUGCAGUGGAAACACUCCAUGUUCCGCAGCAGGCCGCAGGGCAAGAGGAGCCUGAGCUCCCCGACACCGUACUACACCUUCUACUACGACACCAUGUACUGUGACGGAGACGAGAUGGAGGAGCAGGUCCUGAGGAACACCGUCAACACCGAGGCUCUGAUGACGGCGUUCCACCACGGCGAGGCGGCCGGCGACGGCAGCCAGAGCAUGCAGCAGGUGAAGCAGAGGCUGUGGGACGAUCACUUCCUGGAGUUCGGCCGAGGCGUUCACAUGUUCCGCACUGACAAGAUCCAGAGGCUGGUGGCCAUGGGAAUCCCCGAGAGCCUGAGGGGCGAGCUGUGGAUGAACUUCUCUGACGCCAGCACGGAGCUGGCGGCCCACCAGGGUUACUACAGCGGCCUGGUGCAGCGGGCCAUGGGCCACAGCAGCCUGGCCACCGAGGAGAUCGAGCGGGACCUGCACCGCUCGCUGCCCGACCACCCCGCCUUCCAGAACCCCACCGGCAUCGCCGCGCUGCGCCGCGUCCUCACCGCCUACGCUCACCGCAACCCCAAGAUCGGAUACUGCCAGUCCAUGAACAUCCUGGCGUCGGUGCUGCUGCUCUACGCCAAAGAGGAGGAGGCCUUCUGGCUGCUGGUGGCCGUGUGCGAGAGGAUGCUGCCCGACUACUUCAACCGCAGGGUCAUAGGAGCGCAGGUGGACCAGUCGGUGUUCGAGGAGCUGAUCCGGGAGCGCCUGCCCGAGCUGGCCGAGCACAUCCCGGACUUGUCCCCGCUGUCCUCCGUCUCUCUGUCCUGGUUCCUGACGCUCUUCCUCAGCGUCCUGCCCUUCCACAGCGCCGUCUGCGUGGUCGACUGCUUCUUCUUCCACGGCAUCAAAGCCAUCUUCCAGCUGGGCCUGGCCGUGCUGGACGCCAACGCCGCGCAGCUCUGCGCCAGCACCGACGACGGCCAGGCGCUCAUGGUCCUCACCGGGUUCCUGGAUCAGGUCGGGAGCGGCGAGGACUCUUCCGGUCCUCCUCCCUCCCCCCAGCCGCCUGCCGAGGAAAACAACGGCGUUCCCGCUGUGGGACGGACAAACAUCACCGACCUCAUCAACGAGUCGUACGAGAAGUUUGGCGAGCUGACGGUGAGGCAGAUUGAGAGGCUCCGCUGCCGACACAGGAUCCUGGUGCUGCAGGCCCACGAAGACACGACCAAAGAAAACGCUCUGCGGCUCGUGUCUCCGGACGUUUCCAUCUCUCCGGACGACCUCGCUGACGUCUACGACCUGUUCAAGACGGAGCACUUCAUCAGUCUGUACUGGGGUGACAGCAGCUUGGCGGCGGCGGUGGCGGCGGCGGCCUCGCGGAGCGGCGAGCCGGGCCGCUCCUGUGAUCAGCAGCAGUACCGGCUGGACCGGCCGCAGUUCAAGAGUCUGUACGGGCUGCUGACGCCGUGGCCGGGCGGCUCGCCGCAGCACGCCGACACGCUCGCCAACCGAACCUUCACCCUGCUGGACCAGGACCAGGACAGCAUGGUCACCUUCAGGGAGUUCGCCUGCUGGCUCGACACUUUGUACUGCGAGGAGCUGAAUGAGAAGAUCCGGCUGCUGUAUCGUCUGCACAUCCCACCAGCUCUGACUGAAAGUGAGGAUGACCCCUCUCCGAUGAAGAGUCCUCUGCUGUCCACCACCAGGCCGCUGUGUGUCACCCUGCCCUCUGGCGUCACAGAGGAGGUGAAGGACUACCAGGAGCAGCUGAAGCAGAUGCUGCAGGAUCUGGUGAGAGAGAAGGAGAAGGACGUGGAGAAACCUCUGCCGCUCAUGAACCAGCGGGAGUUCAUCCAGUUCUGCAAGACGCUCUACAGUCUGUUCCACGGCGACCCCGAGGAGAACGACCUCUUCCAGGCCAUCGCCACGGUAACCAGCCUGGUGCUGCAGAUCGGCGAGGCCGGCCACCGCAGCGGCCGCCACAGGGGGUCAGAGGUCAGCCAGCAGGAGGAGGAGGAGGCGGAGCCCAAAGGCGGCGGCGAGGACUCGGUGUCAGACAGCGAGUGGACAGUCAGCUACGCUCAGAUCCUGGCGUCGCUGCUGACCGAGCAGGCGCUGGUGAACUUCUUCGAGAAGCCGGCGGAUCUGUCGGCCAAAAUCGCCUCGGCCAAGCAGAAGCAGUACGAGCAGCGGGCCGGCCUGCUGGCGCUGCAGCACGCCGCCAGCUGACACGCCCCCAGCUGACACGCUCACGUGACAGGAAGUGACACCACACCGAGCCGCCGCCGCCGCCUGCUUUCCAGAGAGGAGCUGGUCAGGAAGACGAGACCUUUAUCGACCUCUGCUGGUGACCAGGAGGAACUGCAGCAGCAUUUUCCUACAGGACACUCAGUGGACGGGGAGAUUUUGUUCCAACAACAACAACAAGCUGGCUAAUUUGCUUUUACAACCACAAAUCAGAAGAUGAUGAAGAUAAUUACUGAGUUUUUGGCAUUGAUCCACAAUCCUAUCAAUCCCCUGCUGAUAAACGGAGCAGGAAAAUGUUAGUUUGCUGCUUCUGGUUAUUAAACAAGCCUUAAAGAGCAGAGCGGCUCGAUCGGACUGUUUGCUCUUUCUUAUGUUUUCAAUCAGAGUUUUUACAGCCGUGCACCACAACUCCAGAUAAAACCUGCUCUGAAAGCGCUGUGAAGUCAUGGCUGAUUUAAAACAGCAGGAGACGAGCCAGACACUCCAGUCAAGCUGAAGCUGAUUUGAAAUGAGGUGCUGAUGCUCCUGUACGGACCGGGCUGGGCUGAGCCGGCACAGCAGCCGUGCACUUUGCCAAAAUCAUUCAGCAGAGAGGCCCAAAACAAACUCUGAAGUGUCUGCAGACCUCCACAGAAAUAUAUGUGGAAAUAUGAGGAAGGAAAAAGACAAAUCAACAAGCUGUGUGUAGGAUCUCAAGGCCGCCUCCUUGAUGUUCCAGUUUUAACGCAGAUGUCAAUCAGCCAAACCCAAUGAGAUCUGUGUAAACAGAGUUAUGAUGAAGGUAUAGAUAGGAAUAACUUAACAAUACACACGAUCUGAUGCUUUCAAACCAGGCCGAGUGACUGCUGCCAAACAACAGCAUCAUU